CACGCGAGAUCAGCUGAUUGUACUCUUCGUGUUCCGACCACGUGACUCAUGACUCGUGACUGCUCAUUGAGCGUUGCUUUCAUUCACGAUUUAUUGUCACGAUUCAUUGUCGCUCGGUUGUGAGAUCGACAAUUUAACAGAAUGAACAUACUUAAUCGACUGCCUAAUCUCGCUCGCUUCUCGAGCAUCCUCCAUCGCGAGAAUGUUUUGCGCUUCUCCACAAAGACCGACGAGCCGCAGAUACCCGUGAAUCUGCUCAAAGAUACGUACGGCGCUCAUCAUCAGAAAAAGAACGGAGUGAUAUACGAUAAGAAACCGUUCAGGAUGCGCCUCGAGGCUGGCAAAACUUACUCGUGGUGUCUCUGUGGUCAAAGCAAAAGUCAACCGAUAUGUGAUGGCACGCAUAAAAACAUUUUUCUCAAAAUCACGCUUAGACCCAUACGUUUCAGCGUUGCGGAGACCAAGGAAUACUGGCUCUGCAACUGCAAGCAAACGUCAAAUAGACCCUUCUGCGAUGGCACACAUAAGAGGCCAGAUAUACAAGAGCUAAAACGAUAGAAAGUGUGAAAAAUUGCAUCGUCAGUGUGAGAGUAUUGUCAAACAGAAUUUUAUAUACAAUUGCAUAUACAAUUACUAUACCUUUCACAGAUCAGAUACAGUGCACAAGAAAAUGUAAAUAGUAUACAUAUAUCUAUAUUGAUUAUUAGAUUAUAAUGGGCUAUCGUCAUAGAUUAAAUUUAAUAAAACAUUAUAGGCAUUUAACAUAAAGCAAGAAUAACUCCAUUUUUAUAUCUUUCUUGAGAAA